AAACGUAUUCUGGCAGGCUCGUGUAUAGAUUAGAACGAUGUCGAAUUUGAAGCAAAUCGCUUGCAAGGCUAUUGAUGAAUACGCCGAUGAAUUACAUACACUUAGCAAAGAAGUCUGGUCCCAUCCUGAAUUAAAUUUCGAGGAGUUUUAUAGCCAUGAUUAUCUAACGAAGUUUUUGGAGGACAAAGGGUUUCCUGUGGACCGGAAGUAUAAAAAUGACACAGCCUUCCGGGCAGUUCUUGGAGACAACUCUCAUGGUCCGCACGUGGCAGUUCUGUGUGAAUACGAUGCACUUCCGGGAAUUGGUCAUGCUUGUGGACAUAACUUGAUUGCAGAGGCAGGGGUUGCUGCCGGAUUAGGAAUCAAGGCGGCGUUUAAAGCUGCUGGAAAACCUCUAGGAAAGCUGUCUGUGAUCGGGACCCCGGCAGAGGAGGGUGGCGGAGGUAAAAUCGUCUUAUUAGAGCAGGGCAUGUUUGAGGGGAUUGACGUAGCGAUGAUGUCACAUCCAGCACCAAUGGACUCAUCAGCUAUAAGCUUCAACGCAAUACAGAUGGUAAUAGUUACAUACAAAGGUAAGGCGUCACAUGCGGCAGCGUUUCCAUGGGAAGGUGUCAACGCUCUUGACGCAGCAGUGAACGCCUAUCAGUCAGUGUCUAACCUUCGGCAGCAGAUGAAGCCAGCAUGGCGCGUUCAUGGAAUAAUAUCAAAAGGCGGCACAAAACCAAACAUCAUACCAGAUGAAACAGAAUUGGAGUUUUAUGUGCGAGCACCUACAAAACUUGAAGUGGACAUUCUGAAGGAGAAAGUCACGAGAUGCUUCCAGAGCGCUGCCACGGCAACUGGAUGCACAAUGGAACUAAAGUUUCACGAACGACCCUAUCUUGACGUCAUUCACAACAAAUCGCUUCUAAGAGCUUUCGAAGGGAAUAUCAAGACACUGGGUCUUGUAAGUAGAAUUCCGGAAAAAGAAUUUCCGGGAGGUGGAUCCACAGAUAUGGGAAAUGUUUCUUACACCGUACCAAGCAUACAUCCAAUGUUUUAUAUCGGCAGUGAUGCACUUAAUCAUACACGUGAAUUUACAGCAGCAGCAGGUGAUCCUAUCGCUCAACCUUACACAUUGACACAAGGAAAGGCACUAGCAAUGACUGCAAUAGACGUCUUCACUAAUCCAGAACUUCUUAAACAAAUCAAGGAGGAUUUUACAAAAGACAUACAGGCUUCCAAAUGACACUUCACAGAAUUAAGAUAUGUUAUCCGGUGGACUUUAAACAUAAAAUUGUGUAGAAUUUUUUUUGCAAGAAAUGAAUAAAAAUAUUAUAUUUACUUUA